UGCGUUUCAAGGCUCCGAGAAUAUGCGGUAAAAGCAGUCCAUCGGAACGCAGGGUAUUAUACAACCACGUCGAACUACAUGUAUAUGGGUGUACGAGGACGCCGGGCAGGCACGCACGGCCCUGCAGUACAUAUAAUGGAGCAGCUGCCAUCUCUUUUUCGGAGCUCCUCGGAACGACUCUCGCUCGCUCCUUUUCGUGAAUGAAAUUUGGAAAAGUGCACGGUGGAUCAUCAACCGGAUACGUCAAGUGAUAUGGGUAUACCCGCGGAUCAGGGUCUUGAGAGGCACAGUGAAACUUCAACCGGGGCAUUAAUGAACAGCUUUGUGUUGUAUUUGUAUACCUAGUGAGGAGGUAUAAAAAUCAAAAAGUGCUGGACAUCUGUGCAUGUGUACUUACACAACAGUGUGUAACAUACAUACAUAAUAUAAUAUUAUACGUGCACGUUUGAGUUGACUGCGCGCGUAUCAAAAUAUAUGUGCGCGUAGAGACAGUGCAGACCGUGAUGUGCUUGCUGUCGGCUGUAUACGGUAGAUAGUACCUACUUACCUUCUUGGUCGUCGAGUUCGUGGUGUUGUUGGUACCGAGUCCCAUCAUCAUCAUCAUCUGCAGCUCGUGACGAGCGUCCAUCGGUACUGCAAGAUAAAAAAAAAGGAGGCGAAUCGAUCUUCAUCGGCGUGAAAAAGGAGCAGUGCACGGGUGGACGAAAAAAUGUGUGAUUAACCGUAGUAACAGCCUACCGGCGCAGAGAGCAGUAGAGUGUGUGCAUACACGUAUACACAUAGCGGGGGUGGCGGCGAGAGAGACGCUUAUCUAGCCGGGAGCCUCCCCUGCAUCGUUCGGCAGCCAUCGCGAGAUUUAAAACAAGGGGUCUGUGUGUGCUUCGCGUUUGUUUACCCUCCACACGCGAUCCCGUUUUAAUCCCCACCGAAGGGGAGCUGCUGAUAAGGGACGCGAAGAUGACCGACCCGGCGACAGCGUCCGCGGCUCCAGCGACUGCGCCGAGAGUCGACGGGAUCAUGCUCAAGUUUCUCACGCACAAGCUCCGGAGCCAUUCCCUCAACGAGGAUCCCAAGGCGGACGAUGAUCGGGAUUCAGGGACUGAAUCCGAUGAUGAAUUCCAAAAUGGAGGGAACAUUGCCGACGAAGUUUCCACAGCAAUGGACAGCCUGGAGGAGGUGGAGGAGGCGACAUCAGCGGCCGCGAUGGCGGUCGAGAACGCCCGGGACAGCGCAGUACCGUCCGACGUGGACCUGGGCGCGUCGCCCUCGUCGUCUUCGUUUGGCUUGCCGGUGGUCCAAGCGGCCAGCAGCAGUAGCGGCUGCAGCAGUACCGAGACCCCACCGAUCGAGCAGUCGUACGAGUUCCUGCUCCAACUCGCCCAGACCGACCAGCACAGCUCCGAGGAGGAACUCGAGGUCAUAAACGGGCCGAAGCUCGUCGAGACGGCCGCCCAGGUGCCCCCACAGCCACGGAAGCUCUUCAGCGCAGCGCCCGAGAAGCGGAAAUGGUCCGAGGCCAACAGCCAGCAGCCCGGCGAUGGGGACAACUCCGUGGCAGCUGCCUACUCUGCCCCGGUCAGCAGAGUCGGCAGGGAAACGGGCUCCGGCUCUAGCGACGAGGAGGGUUUGGGCUUUAGCAGCAGGAGCGGUAGCGCGAUCUCGCAGCCGGUGCAGUUUCGUAGCUCACCGCCGAGCGACGCCCACAAGCCGGUGCGGUCGCUCUCGCCGCCGCCAAAGCUCUUCCACGCGUCGGCCUUCUCCGCGGCGACGGAGCCGCGCUUCCACCCGCACAGGCCGCGCUCGAGGCCGAGGCUGAGCUCGCAGUAUCACUCGCACGUGAACCUCGACCAUCACCACCAUCACCACCACUAUCAUCACCAUCAUCACUUUCAGCCGCUCCAACAGCACAGCCAACACCAGCAGCAAGACUUGGCUGAUAUCGACGUCGUCAGCGCGUGCAGCCCGAGAAAGCGGCACAGGCCGCCCCACAGGCUGCCUAGGCCGUGUCUCGACUUUGAGAAGAUGCAACAGAUGAAAACCCAGGCAGUGACCGCGUGGAGGCACACUAGCGAGCACGGCAAGGAGCUAUCGGUAUUCUGCUGGUGAUGAUAAUAAUAUACCAUCGGUCGUGGAUAUCAUGACCACACGGUAUAUAUCUUUUGAUGUGCGCCGAUUAAUCAAAUCAUUAUCAUGACAAUGUAUUGUAUACCCGAUGUGCACGUACACCCGCACCGGACAGCCAAUGUUUCGUAUCGCUCCUAUACAUACAUGUAUCCGUUUUUCGUCAUACGUCGCAUUCAUAUGUUAUUACUUCGCGUUAUUGGUAAAGUCACCUCAUCGCUCGUUGUAUGUAUACUUCACGGAUAUAGAGACUUACGUUUUUUUUUUCUUUCUCGUUUGACGGUACAGUUUUAGAGCCUCCUUUAUUUACCAACUAUACGGGAAACGACUUUUUCAAAAAUUUUAAUUGGUUUUUUUUAUACGUUUACAUUUUUGAAAAAUCUUUUAUUUGUGAGUUUUCUCUGUGUACCUUCGAGUCAUGGUCGAAACAUACAUUAUAUUCUUCUAUAAAUUUUGCCUGCAUGAAGUAAUCCAAACAAUCUAACUAAUGUAGUAGAAAUGGCGAGAUAUUAUUUUUCUUAUCACAACACAAACAUGAUCUUCAGGAGAAACUUAUCUUUUAUAAGGAUAAUUAAUAUGAACUUGCCAAAUUCAUCUUAGUUACAACAAAUAUCAUUAUUAUAAUUUAUAAACAAAAAAUUGUAGAUAUAUAUCAUAGUAAGUAUUUGUUUCAAUAUUGUUAAUGGAAAAAAAAAACUUGAAAUACAAAAGUGAUUUGAAAAAUUAUUCAUCAUGUGACAGAAAUUAAGCGCUCAGAAAGUACUUUAAGAUUCCUGUAUUCAUUAUAAAAUACCUAUGUACGUGCAUAGUCGUGAACGUUUUUAAAAGUAUUGUACCUAUAAUUUUAAUAAAGUGAAAAUAAUGAUAUAUUAUAUACACAAUACAUAAAAGUAAAUAAGUAAAGCGUAUGAUAAUAAGUUAGUAUGUGAUUGUGGCGCCACAUCUUCGCGAUUUUUCAAAAGUUGCAUUAAUGUACGAGCUUUUAGCCCUUCAACUGUUUUUUUGCGCUUGCAGCGAUUUCCUGAGAUCUGACGAUUAUACACUCAUAAACGCCAACUCUUUUUACAAAAGGCAUCAAAUGCUCUGUACCAUUUUUUACCAUUCGAAUUUUUUUUUUUUUUUACUUAAAUUAUUUUAAAGCUUGCAGCAGUAGUAGACGACUUUUAAUACUCAUCUAUUAAUA